AUGUAUACUGACCCACUGAGGCGUAAUUCUCGUUUUCGUAGAAACGCGUUAUAUAAUAAGGAAAAACCUAAAGUUACAGCAGCAAGGUCAAGCCAACCAAAAGAAACAUUAUGUGAGUCAUGUAAAAUUAUGCAUUUGAAUGUUCAAAGGGUUGGUAGCCUUGACUUAUGCCCUUAUUGCAAGUCACUUUUCGACGACGACGCUACUUUUCGUUUUAAACGUGGUGGACAAUAUGGUUUCGAACGUUAUAAACGCGUAAAGGUUUUAUAUCUCGACGUCUGGUAUUCGGCUACCAUGGUAGACUUUAAAAAUGGACGCAUUAAACUACAUUAUGACGGUUGGAGUGAUAAAUUUGAUGAAUGGAUAUUAGCGGGAAGUAAAAGAAUUAAAGAUAUGACAUUAGAAGAAAU